CACGGCUUCCGGAGCGCGGCCGCCGCCGCCGCCGCCGCGGGUUGGUGGAGAGGACCCUCCUGCCGCGGCCCCCUAGCAGAUGGGCUCCUCCUCUCCUCUCCAGCGUGCAGACCCUGGCUUCCCCUAACCCUAGGAAAAGCCCCACCUGGAAGUGGAAUGUGUGUUCAAGCAGCUGGCAGAGGGCACCUCUCCCUGAGCACGGAGUGACGAAGGCAGCCUUGAAGCCUUUGAACAGGAGCCUGGACUCGAAGAGAAUUUCAAGAGUGAGGUGGUCCUGCCAAGAAUGACUCUUCCUGUGAAGUCACCCUCACCAGGAUUUGUCAUAGUCCUUCUUUUCAACGUCUGGACUUGGUCACACCAGCACCUCCUGACAAUCUUUUGAGGAUGUGAACCCAAGGAGAACACAGCGCGGUCCCCCUGAGCCCCACCCGUCUGCUAGGAUGUUCCUCAUGAACGCCCCUCCAGUGGUCGCUCUCCAGUCCAAAUGGGAGGCCUUUGGCCCGCCGGGGAGCUUUAGGUUUCCCCGGUGCUUCUCAGAGUCGGAAGAGGCUGUCGCCAGAGCUUCGGUGAGUGCCAGGGUGCAGAUGGUCAUCAGCACGCUGCAGCGCGGUGAGGCCGCCCUGGGCACGCACGAUGAGCGUGCCACGCAGAGAAGCCAGCGGGCGGAGGGGUGCCGGGAGGGCAGGCUGGCUGCCAGCCCUGCCCUGCGCAGCGCGCCGCCUGCCUUUGCUGCCUGUGGCCUUGCUGCCCAUCGCCACCCCCCAGCCGAGGAGGGAGCUGCCAGCCUUGGCCCGCUGGCGCUGGAUUCCGACAGUGACGACUCUGUGGACCGGGACAUUGAGGAGGCCAUCCAGGAGUACCUGAAGGCCAAGAGUGGUGCCGCACAGCCCAUGCCCAGGGGGGCCCAGCCUGGCGGGGCCGCAGGUGGGGGCAGCAGAGGCAAACCAGAGCCUCCACACAGUGGCACCCCGCCCGCCCUGUGUCCCCCAAAACUUGCCCCAGUGUCAGCCAGUGUUCCUGGCAGCCCUGGGGAGGCCGGCGGGGACCAGGGCUCAGCCUCACCCGUCAGUGUGAGCAGUGAGGACUCCUUUGAGCAGAGCAUCCGGGCAGAAAUAGAGCAGUUUUUGAAUGAGAAAAGACAACACGGAAACCAAAAGUGCGACGGGUCCGUGGACAAGAGCACAGACCCCAGUGAAAGUCCAGCCCGAUCCACCCUGAAACCCACCCAGGAGCCCCCCGUCAGGGCGCCGCCCCGCCACAGUCUGAUGGGCGCCUGUAAGGAGUUUGUCUUCCGCAGACCUCCCAGGUCAGCAAAGGGCAGCACAGCGCCCGGCAGCCUCAGGCCAAAGGUCGCCACUGAGCCCGAGAACCUGGGCAGCACAAGGCCUGCCGCCCCCAAGCCCCAGGCAGCACAGAGCAGGGGCGGGGGCAAGAGGAACUGCGGAGCUGGAAGAAGGGGCAGCCGCGGCAGGGGUGUGGCCCCCCAGCACGAGGCCUCCGACUCCAGCAGCGACGACGGCAUCGAGGAGGCCAUCCAGCUGUAUCAGCUGGAGAAGACCAGGAAGGAGGCCAGCGGGGACCCGCCACCGGGAGCCCAGCUCAGCCAGGAGAAGGGGCCCGACGUUCCCGCCAGCAGCCCGGGCAGCUCACUGAGAAGUGCCUUCCCCGAGACCCCCAGGAGAACUCCGAGCAGGAGGAAGCCGGCGGUCCCCAGGGCCACAGACCCCAGCCCAGGGGGCCUGGACUCCGACCACCUCUCCAAGCCACCCAGGGAUGCCAGGGCUGCCGUACCUCCGGCAGGCACCACCACCAGCAGCGGGCCUUGGGAACGGGCCUCGGGCCGCGCAGACACCUCGGCCGAGCUGAUGUGCGCUGAAGCCAUCCUGGACAUCUCCAAGACCAUCCUGCCGGCGCCUGUGGAGGGUGGCAGCGGGCCCACGUCUGUAGGCCCCCCCUUCUGCCUCCCCAACGUGCCUUCCCGCUCUGAUGGGGACAGCAGCUCCGUGGACAGUGACGACAGCAUAGAGCAGGAGAUCCGGACGUUUUUGGCUCUGAAGGCACAGUCGGGAAGUCUGCUGGCCAGAGCCGAAAACUGCCCACAGCCCACCCCAGGUCCCCUCUCCCCACCAGGCCCCAGCAGCCAGACCAGUGUCCCCAAGGCCCCUCUCUCUAAACCCCCAGACCUGCCCCUAAGCUGCAGAAGGAAACGCAGAGGUGGAGCCAAUGCCGUGAGGAUGUCCACCCCCAAGAAACCAAGGGAGGUGAAAGACAGUGCCCAGGACGGCGACCGCAGCCAGGGGCAGGCUCAGCCUGGCCACAGCGGGCAGGACCCCCCCAGCCAGGCGAACGCCGGCGAGGCCCCGGGCAGGGAGUGCCAGGCCAGGAGCCAGCCUGUGCCCUCCAGGCCUUUCCUGCUCAGUGACGUUUGCGUGUCGCAAGGCCUUGGGGUUCAGGGGAAGGCAGGAGAAGGCAGGAGCGUUGGUGAGAGAGAGAGCUCCGAGGACAAGAGCAGCUCUCUGGACAGUGACGAGGACCUCGACACGGCCAUCAAGGACCUGCUGAGAUCCAAGCGGAAGCUCAAGAAGAGGUGCAGGGAUCCCCGGGCAGCCUGCAGGAAGAAGGUCAGGUUCAGCACCCCCGAGACACGGUUGGUGCACACGCUGGGAGGCCUCCCGAGAGCCUGGAAGGACAGAGGCCCRCGGGUGCUGAGGAGCUGCCUGUCCACGUCCAGAAGGGACAGCAGGGCGUGCCUGGGGAGACGACCGCCCAGUGCCUUCAGUGGUCCAGGAGAGGGGAGGAAGCUGGGGGGCAAGGACGCAGCCCCAGCUCUCCAGUCCAGGAGGAGACCGCCUGAAGGGACUCCAUUCUCCAAGGAAACAGGAGCCCGUGACCAUGCGUGCUCUGCCCCCAGCUCCCUGUCUGAGGACAGUUCAGUGGACAGUGACGACAGCAUCGAACUGGAGAUAAGAAAGUUUUUGGCAGAAAAGGCUAAGGAGUCCGUGAGCAGUUCAGCAGUUCAAGGAGGGGGCCCAGCCCGGCCGGAGGAGCCCUGCAGGAAGGAGCUGGCCCCCAGUCUGCAGCCCGGCGUGUGCACACGGAGCCAGAGGGCCAGGGGCGGCCCUCCACUGGCUGAAGGACUAAGGGGCACAGAGAAGGCUGGGGGACCGUGUGCCCCCAGCCUCUUCAUCCCCGGCGGGAAGGGCGCAGCCCGCACCGAGCACACUUCCCACCACCCGGCUGCUGCAGGCAGGUGUGAGCCCACACUGCCCAGGAGUGCCAGUGGGAACCCCUCUGCCAAAGGGUGUCCUGCAAGUAGGAGAAAUGUCUAUGUUCACAAAGACCAGAGCCCACCCCGCGCUGAGCCCGCAGCCACAGAAAGUGCUUUUGGUCAGCUGCCCAGCUGUGCCACAGCAGGAGCUGAGACCGGAAGCUCCGGGGGAACCUUUCAUGUCAACUAUGGGAGCCGGAGCUUAUUGUCCCCUAGCCCAGGACCUCAGGCCGAGCUGGCCCUCCCCUGGAGUGACCUGGCCCACCACARCAGGCUGCCCAGCCCAUGGUCACUGAAUUCAGAAGGUCGGAGUUCAGCAUGGACCGGGGGCCUUGGGGGUGAGAAAGAGAAGGGGACCCAGGGGCAGGCCAGGGUCCYGCACAGCCUCACCUUGGACCCCAGGAAGAACCUGUCCUUUCCAGGCUUCUCUCCCCUGCUGUCCACCCAGCUGUUCCACUUUGGGAAGAGCGUCCCCUGGGGAGGCCAGCAGGCCGGCCUCUUCAGUCCCCACCUGGGUCUGCCUCUGCAGGGCCCGUCCUUCUCGGCCUUCAGAGAGACCCAGGCUGGUCACAGCCCCGUGUUUGGAAGCCCACACUUGCUCGUGAAGGACAGUGGGCACUGGCCAAGCAGGAAAGCCCGGGCAGGGCUCGGUUUGCAGGACAAGAGGAACUUGGGCUCAGAGGAAGGCAUCCUGGACCUGAGGUAUGGCCACAGGGUGGUGGACAGGGAUGACCAGGACCAGGAGGUGCUGGGCAGCGAUGCCAGUGAAUGCAGCGACAGCUCCCUGGAGGACCGUGGCUCAGUGGUGAAGGGCAGAGUCCUCAAGCUGUGACGCGCAGCCUGGCCCGCCCCUGGUGCAGAGCCGCGUGCGCAGGAGAGUGCAGCCAGCGUCCUGUACAUAGCCCUGUACAUGUGUACACUAACAGGAGGUUUAUUUAACAGACGUGUCCUGGUAAAUAUGAUUUUUGUAGCUUUUUGUAAAUUAGUUAUACUGCUGUAAAAAAUAUUUUUGGAAAAUGUCGUCUUGAUUUUGAAGGGUGUUCCUAACUGCAGCGUUCUGUGGUCUGCAUGGAGCCACAGAUGAGCACACAUUUUGGUUCUUACUGUCACAGCGAGGGUCACCUUGGCCAGGACUCUAGCCAGUUGCUGGUUUAGAUGUUCAAGCCUGGGAGGCAGUGGCCACCCUCUGGGAAGCCCUGAAAUGCCCGUGUCUGUCCGAAGCUCCCGGAAUAGUGCUUUUCAUAAAGAACUCACUGGUCCCUAGCAGCCAGAGCAGUUCCUCUCAACACUGCCAUCACAGCUUGGGUCAGUAAAAUGUUUCAAAGCACAGUGGCCAGCAAGUGAACUGACCGGCCAGUCCUGGCCUCGCAAGACCCCACUGAGACAGUGGCACACUCUGCAGCCCAGUCCUCCAGUGUCCAGGCUCCUGCAGUCACCAGGUGAUUCUAACAUCUAAGUAAAUCUCUUUUCCUGGAGAGUUCUGUCCUCUCGAUCGUGGGUCCAAGAGAUCACACUGUAUGAGCGUUUAACUGUCCUCUUCUUGAUUUGUGCACAYGAGUGAAUAAGCACAGCAAUCAGGUGGUUUGGUCCCCAGACACCUUGGCCAGAGCUCAGUGCUGGGGACAAGCCUUGCAUACCUCCAUACCUGCCGUCCAGGAGCUGCAGCCAGUCAGGGUCUGACCAGUGGCCCAGCCAGUGCUGCCGAUGACCUCCUGCAGCCCACCUCCUGGGGCAGAAGGGCGCUGGUUGUAGGCCAUGGCCUCUGGUCCCUGGGUCAGGGCCAAGUGAUGCUGCUGCCUUGGUUUCCUUACCUUCUGCCCAGUGGCACCAAGGUACCCAUGGCCACUGUGGGGACAGGCCAUGCUGGCCACUGAUGCCCUCCRGUCACCCCAAGUUCUGCGACUCGGGUUCAGCUGUGAGGCAGUGUACCCUUAGCCGGUGAUGUUGGUACUCUAACGUGGAUGUGAGUCUUCUACGCCCCCUGUACCCCCGGGUGUAAAUAGGAACCCACUUCUGUGCCCAGGGGCAGACCCCACCCAGGGUGAGCCUCUGCUGGGCCAAGCUGCGGUCCUGAGCAUCCCGAUGUGCGUGUGAUAGCUUCCUUGUGGUGUGUUCCUUCACUUAAGCGCUCCAUGUAAUCCAUGUCCUGACUUUUAUUUAACUUUUUAAAGAGUGCUUUUAACUCCUGGAUACAAACAUCAGCUCAUUUUGUACAUAAGAACUUUUUUUUAAUGAAUAAAUCAAGCAUCACCAA